AUAAGAAUAUGUCUGUACUUCUACUAUAUACCACUAGAGGACCCUUUAAAUCCCCAGCCUGUUUUUUAUUGGACUCCUCACUACUCCACCACUAACCCUGCUGCUGCUGCUCCCCCCUCCCUUCCAGCCUUGCCUUGUCUGCCUGCUUCCACUCCCACCUCCUCCUCUACCUCUCUCUCCACUGGACUCUCAAAUGCUCGUAACACCGGUAGGUUAGCUAUUGUCGCUCUGUCAGAAUAAGAUCCACAUUGUAAAGGCUCUGAUUUCACACCACUAUAACCACACCGGGGAGAGAUAACGGACACGGCUCUAUGUGGUAUCCUUCAACUGGAACUAACGACUACUGCACAGAGAAGAGAGCGGACAAACCAUAAUCAGGCUUCAUUAAUCCUACUUUGGAGCAACGCACACGAUUGUUACAAAAACAGAAGCCAAGCACGACCACCGAGUGACUAGCUUACAUACAUAUUAACUCUGUGACCAGCCAGGGCUUAACAUAAAUGGCUGACAAACAGAUCAGUUUGCCUGCCAAAUUAAUCAAUGGGGGUAUCGCUGGCCUGAUUGGAGUGACCUGUGUGUUUCCCAUUGACCUGGCCAAGACUCGCUUGCAAAACCAGCAAAAUGGAUCUCGCCUUUACACCAGCAUGUCAGAUUGCCUUAUUAAGACCAUCCGGUCAGAUGGGUAUUUUGGGAUGUACAGAGGAGCGGCGGUGAACUUAACACUAGUGACGCCAGAGAAAGCCAUCAAGUUGGCCGCCAACGACUUUUUCAGGCAUCACCUCUCUAAGGAUGGAAAACUCACUCUGCUCAAAGAGAUGCUGGCUGGAUGUGGAGCAGGAACAUGCCAGGUUAUUGUCACAACUCCUAUGGAGAUGUUGAAAAUCCAGCUCCAAGAUGCUGGGCGCAUUGAGGCACAGAGGAAGCUGAUGCCGGAGACGGUGGCAGCAGGUACUGUGGAGACAAAGUCCCCAACAGCCAUGCAGCUGACCAGAGAAUUACUGAAGGAGAAGGGCAUUGCUGGGCUGUAUAAAGGCCUUGGGGCAACAUUGCUCAGGGAUGUUCCUUUCUCCAUCAUCUAUUUCCCCCUCUUCGCCAAUCUGAAUAACCUGGGCAAACGAGGCAUGGAAGGACCUGCUCCUUUCUACGUUUCGUUUUUAUCAGGCUGCCUCGCAGGGAGCACAGCGGCUGUUGCUGUCAACCCUGUUGAUGUGAUCAAGACUAGACUGCAGUCACUGAACCGAGGGAGCACAGAAGACACGUACAGUGGAGUGACUGACUGUAUCAGGAAAAUCUUGCGUAAUGAGGGUCCAUCCGCCUUCCUGAAAGGAGCCUACUGUCGAGCCUUGGUCAUCGCACCUCUCUUCGGCAUCGCCCAGGUGAUCUACUUCCUGGGUGUGGGUGAAUUCCUUCUCAGCUUCUUGCCUAAAAAAGACAACUAAGAAGCACCUCCUCUCUGCCUUUCCCUCCUGUAAUGCAUCAAAAAAACCAACUGUGUGAGGAUUCAUCUCAUUUUGAAAAUUGUGGAUGGGUCCAAGCACGACUCAAUUCUUACAUUUUGUUUUUAAUUUGUUGUGUUGAAUGUUGAAAAUAGUUUAGGACGGAGCCUUUGUUUUUUUGCCAAGCUGCCUACGGUGGCACACAAAAAUUCCAGUAGGGACACUCAUCUAGCACUCUGGAAAUGAAGCCACAAAUAUCAGAUGAAGUUUUAAAGGAAUAUUGCUUAAUGAUUAUAACUUUUAUUUGCAACUUUUUGAAUAUGAUUGUGGAAUUCUUGAAGUAGAUGUACUGCCCUUGGUUGCUGCAGUUCUGCAAGCUCUACAGUACCUAAUUUUACAGCAUUAGCCUCUGGAAGAAGGUAGUUGAUCGGCUAAAUUAAAUGCACAUAUUGAUGAAUAAGAGCACUAGAUGGGGUAGAAUACAUGAUAAAUCUAGUACAAAAAAUGUCCUCCAGACCUUGUGUCUUAAAACACAGUAUAUUUAGAGUCGACGUAAAGUAACUAUGUCUCUAUUUCAGACAAAGACCCCAGGAUUGUGUUAAUUUGCAACCAGCACUUUUCCUAUGAUCGCUCCUGAGAAACCACAUCCCUUCCUGUAAGUGGUUGUAAUGAACUUUGAUUGCCUUGGCUUUUAAAGUAGAUCAGGUUCCGUCUGAUAUUUGAUGCUCUCACAAUGGUUCGACUGUGCUGCCUCUGUGAAAGGUAUCUCCUGUUUCUGCAUCACGCACUACAGUGAAGAGACAGUGCUCCACAUUUGUGUAACAUGCACAAGAAAACUGCACAAAUGCACUGCACACAGAAUCAAUUACUAAACUAUUUCCAGGCUUGAAACAGUCAAGUGUUUUUACUUCUACACAGGGCAGGAACUACAGCUGCACUGCUCUCUCUUUCUUCAGACGUAAAUUAUAAAUUGCCCUUUUCUUUGGCCACACCCCAAUCAGUGAUGUCACAGCAGGGGUUUUUCCUCACCAGCAAACAUUUGCUGUCAGAGGAUGAUGGAAAAUUCCUACUGUAACAUCACUGAUUGGAUUGUAGCCAAAGAAAAGGGCAAUUUAUAAUUUCAGUACAGCUGUAGUUUUCUGCCCUGUGUGAUUCAUUGUUCGUCCAGGUUAAAAAAAUUAGCCAUGAACACUAAAUGGGUUGAAAGUAAUUGUAAUAGAGUGCCAGAUUAUAGGGAGAUAUUAGUAAUUUGGCUGACAAAUCACACACGGAGGCCUCAUAAGUACAGUCAAUUAAUGUGGAGCCAGUAAGACUUGAACGCCCCUGAGAUCCAAACAUACUCACUAUUGUUUACAAAUGAAUUCACGCUCACUUUAAAAAUCAUUUUCAAACUUGAAGUCAGUGGCAGGAGCCCAAAGAGCUAAUGUUUUUUUUUUUAAUCAGAAAAUUAAACCAAUGUGGUUUCAGUGUUCUAUGAGUUUUACCAAACAUCUCUGCUCGUUUGCUUUAGAAGGUUUUGUUUGCUUUAAGCUGCUGUGGAAAGCAGCCCUGUCGUAUCUUGUUUGUUUAUCACAACACUGAAGCCCUGCCAUUGGUUUAUCUUGCCGGAGAUCAAGGUGACUUUGACGGUGUAUUAUCCAAUCACAUUCCUUCCUCGCUCCCACUGUUUCAAGCAGUUUGUCAAAUUGUACUGUUGCACUGUAGAUACGAGAUGCAACUUUUCAAUGUGUUAUCAUUGGGGGAGUGAGAUCUAUUUAUCAAUAUUCAUUUCUCUAGGCAGUAUAGCACUAUGUGUUUCUACGUGUUGUUUUUUUUCUGUGUCAAAGUGUCCACAUUAUCUAUAUUGUACAUAUGCAGAUGAUAUGAACUUUUAUGUUGUAGGAUUUAUUGUUUGUUUUGAUGACAUGAUGGCUUAUUUGCACACCUACCUCUCCAGCUCCCUCCCUCUCAAUCCAUAUCGUAGUGAUUUUAUGUUAUGAUGAUGUCGACAUAUCAAAUGAAGGAGUGUGUUUUAAUGCAGCAAACAUCAUUUGGACUUCAAUGCAGCGUAUUGUUGUGGGUUUUUUACUGUAUGCAAAGGGGAACCGUGUAGAUCUAGAUGUCUCUUUUUCAGUGGUCUCAUUUCUCCUGAGCUAUGGGUAAAGUUUAACCGGCCUUUAUUGCUACAGUUUGUCAACUAGGACCACAUGAGGUGUCAUAAUGAUGAUGUAAUUGUAGCUUGUUGUAAGCAAGCAACCCGUGGCUCUACUUAUACCUCUCUGGAAAUGAAAUCCACCCUGGAGAAGGCCAAUAGGGACCUGCCUGUAACUCAUCAGUCUUUUUGAAUGGUGCUUCUUUCAUGAGGUAGCUGCAAUAUGAAAAGCGGCGGCGGCACUAACGACCAAGGCUGUGCCGGCUGAAUUACAUGCUAGUGAAUCUCUCAGCGUUAUCAAAGUCUUAACUGAAAAGCCAUAGGUCAGGGAGGGACAUCAGAGCUGCCAGACAUCCACAGGCACCUCCAGCCAUGUUGGCAGAUAACAGCUGAGCCACAGGAAACGGCAAGAAAAAAAAAAAAAACUGCCUGCUUCUGUGAGCUCAUCUUGAUAAAUCACUGUCGUAGUUUAUCAACAUUCCGAUUGCCAGUUCAUCUCAUAUUUAAUGUUAUUGUGAUCACAAUGCCUAUUUCUGUGUUGUUGAGAUUAUUGAUCUUGAUAUUUGAACCAUCCCUGCCCCCCACUCCUCCCUCGAUGUUUUCAGAUUUUAUUGUCUGUUUUUGGUUUUCUGUUGAAUCUUUAAAAUGUUGUGCAAGUCAUUUUUGUUUUACUCUCAGCUGUGAAUUUCGGUUGACCUUGUGCAUUUGAUUCCGUAUGUAUGUGUGUGUGCGUGUCUGACUGUGUAGUGCUGUAGUUGAUGUGUAGUUGUUAGUGUGACACUGCGGUAUUUUCUCUUUGAUUGUCAGACCAAUGCUCUCUCCCCUCUCUCUUUCUAUCUGCCACCUCCUCUCCCCUCACAGCCGGGGGAGUGCAGGUGAAUGCAGAGGAGCUCUGGAGCACCAAAUGUAUGACUUAGAGUGUAUACAAUCAAAGAAAGCACAAAGGAUUAUUAGGCACAAAAGACACACUUUGAAUACACGCAGACAAAAUCCUGGAAAGUCAAUGUGUUGCGUUUGCAAGACGUGGAUUUCAGUCUGAUUUCUUUCAGUGGAGACGUUGAUUGAGAUUAACUUUUUAAGUUCAUCUGUCUUUGAAACUUGAUUAUAGGGCUGAGACAGCAGGAUGAGGGUGUCUGCUAUGUUAUCCACAAAAUGUAUAUCGCCUACAUAUUCUAACUGAAUCAGAUAUAAGAAUGUAACUUAGAUAUUAAGAGAUGUAUUAUAAUUAUAGUGAAGAGUUUAUUAUUACAUUUUAAUCGAAUGCUUUACACAGUCACAGAAAAAACACACUUGAACCAGCUCACUGGUAUGCAAUAAGUAGAAGUCACACACGGAUGCACACACACAAACACACACACAGUAGACAAAGGAGAAAAAACAAAUGACGUCACAACCUGUCAAUCACACAAUGUAUGAUGCAAACGGGGACCCUGGAGGCCUUCUGGGGUCUGAGCUCUCCUCACGGCCUCUGUUGUCUUCCUCCAAGAGGAACUGUGCAUUAUAGCACUUUAAAAACAAGGACCCCCCCACCCCCACUGUCCAUCUACAAAGUCUCUCUCUUCGACAAAGAGGGUGUUUAUGAAUAUGUGUGGUGAGUGACACAGUUGUCUUAGACAUUAUAUACAAUGCAAUGGAAGAAAAAAAAUGAAAUAUUGUGUUUCCUGUCACAAUUUGCUGUUCAAUAAACUGACUGUCCUCAAA